CAACUUCCAGAUGGUGCAACAUUGUUGGGUGUCAUACUUUCCUCUGAUAAAACCAACAUUACCAACAUGACUGGUGGAUGUGUCGCUCACCCACUCCUGAUCAGCCUUGCCAAUAUCAAGAUGGUGACUCGAAACAAGGCAUCCUCACAUGCUUUCCUCCUGACAGCACUGCUUCCAAUUGCUGAAUUUCUGCAUCCAGUGAAGCGGAUGCAGAGUGUUCUUGAAGCCCACUUAGUCCACCAAUGUCUAGAUAUUGUGCUAGAGCCGCUCAAGCAAGCUGCACGCAUCAGGCAGAUGAUGUCAGACCCACUUGGGAACCUCAGAUAUUGUUUUACCCCCUUAGCUUCAUACAUUGUCGAUACACCCAAGGCAUGCAUGCUUGGAUGUGUUUGA